AUGGAGACCAGGGCGAACGAGUCUCUGGUCGGGUCCAUCGUGAGGAACUUGACGCUGAACCAAACGCGUCACCACGACCAACUCUUCCCCGUAACCGUCCAGGAUGAGGAGAACGUCGUCUCGAGGAGCGACGAGUCGACCAGCGGCGUCGAGCUGGGCUGGUUCAACGACUCGACGACCACCGGUUCGACGUUCUCCGACUCUUGGUACGGCGCGUCGUCGUCGACGUUCUCGUCGUCGUCGCCCAGCUCCGACAAUUACACCAGCAUAUCCGACCUGUUCGUGUUCGAAGAUCUGAGCGACUACAUAAAUCAGCUGAACGCUUUCGUAAAUUUGACGUACGCCGGCGGUGCGGGGGAUUUAAAUCCAAACGGAACCGUGAACUGCACAUCGUCGAUAGUCGCCGGUACCGCGGUCGGCGUCGUCAGGGCAGGCGAGUGCGCGCCGACGGCCGACGUCGACGAGAAAACGGACCCUAACAGCUGGUGGGCUCUGAUCCUCGUGAUCGUGCCUUGCUUGACCCUGUUCGGCAACGUCCUCGUCAUCCUCGCCGUAGUUCGAGAGAGGGCCUUGCAGACUGUCACCAACUACUUCAUCGUCAGUCUGGCCGUCGCCGAUCUUCUGGUCGCCGUGCUCGUCAUGCCAUUCGCCGUCUACGUUCUGGUAAACGGAUCGUGGAGCCUGCCGGGCUUUGUGUGCGACUUUUACAUCGCGAUGGACGUCACGUGCAGCACCAGUUCCAUCUUCAACCUCGUAGCCAUCUCGAUAGACAGAUACAUCGCGGUGACCCAGCCGAUAAAGUACGCCAAGCACAAGAACAAUAGAAGAGUAUGGCUGACGAUACUGUUGGUCUGGGCGAUAUCGGCCGCGAUCGGUAGCCCGAUUGUUCUCGGCUUGAAUAACACCCCUGACCGAAUACCGGACCAAUGUCUCUUCUACAAUGCGGACUUUAUCAUCUACUCGAGCCUAUCCAGCUUCUACAUACCCUGCAUCAUUAUGGUGUUCCUCUACUACAACAUAUUCAAAGCGCUGCGGAACAGGGCGAGGAAAGCGAGGGCCAACAGGAAGCCGAACCUGGGCGACAUAAAACCCGGAUGCAUAAUCGAGAACAUCGCGCACACGCGCAGGUUUGCGGAGACCGCGCUGGGAGCGACAGCCCUCGUGGCUCCCGGCAUGGAAGAACCGACGAACACGGCGUCCGGGAGCAACGAGGACGAGGACGAGACGCCCCUCGAUCCCGUCGUGGUCAUCUCGAACGACAAGAGCACGGAGUUCUUUUUAGCCACUGUCGUCGAGGAAGCAGCUUGUCGUUUCAGUGCAGUUGCCCAAGCCCAGCUGGGCGGAACGCAACCCGUCAGAAAGGAUUCCGGGUACGACGGGGCGGCGAGCAGCAUGGCGGUUCACGAGCCCUUGGAAGGGAAUUCCAGCCCGAGUCCAAAUCCGCGGGGCACCUCGGCGCCGUCCUCCUCCACCUCCUCGUCGCCGCCCCCGAGAGGCACCGCCGCCAGCUCCAGCUCCCAGACCAAGAAGAACGGAGCGGAGACGAACAAGCAGGAGCUGAAGAGGCUCAAGAGCGCCGGUUCGCUUCUUCCUCUUCAGCUUGGCAGGACUCCCAGCGUUUUGUCCAGCUCGUCCACCUGUAAGAAGGACAAGAAAAACGCCGCCUCCGGCUCGAGGUUCACGAUAUACAAAGCUAACAAGGCCAGCAAGAAGAAGAGGGAGAAAAGCUCCGCGAAAAAGGAGCGCAAGGCCACAAAAACGCUGGCCAUCGUUCUAGGUGUCUUCUUAAUCUGUUGGCUGCCAUUCUUCACGUGUAACAUCAUGGACGCGCUUUGCACGAAGCUGGAGGCCACUUGCCAGCCGGGCGUCACAGCUUUCAUCGUGACCUCUUGGCUGGGCUACAUGAACAGUUUCGUGAACCCCGUGAUCUACACUGUGUUCAAUCCCGAGUUUCGCAAAGCCUUCCACAAGCUGAGAACCAAAACCAUCGGUAGAGCGCUCUCUGCGCAAUCGCAUCCGUGGAUAUCGAAGUCGCCGACGACGAUGAAACCGGACGUAGAGCGCGUCGAUGUUAGAGCUGAAUUACCAAACGAACACAUAGACUAA